UCCAAAGACAUCUUUUGGCCAUUAAAUAGCUUCCAAAUUGUCGAUUCUUUAGCACAUAAACAGAUCCUCCAAUUAGAUGGAGCAGGAUCGAUCCUCUCAAUCCCGUCCUCCUCAUGUCCUCGUCUUCCCCCUCCCAUUACAAGGCCAUAUAAACUCCAUGAUUAAGCUAGCUGAACUGCUAGCUAUCGCCGGCUUCAAGCUCACUUUCCUCAACUCCCACCACAACCAUGAACGCUUGGUCAAGUUCAACAAUAUUGCUGCCCAUUUUGAAAGAUACCCAGGGUUCCAAUUCAAGACCAUAACCGAUGGCCUUCCUCUUAAUCAUCCUAGGUCAGGGAGCUGGUUCCUUGAUAUGUUUGAAGAUACCAUGGAACUUAAGAUGAAGGAAAGUUUGAGAGAGGUACUUGUGAAUAGUAGCCCACCAGUAGAUUGCAUAAUUGGAGAUGGGUUUUUAGGCUUUGCUCUUGAUGUUGCAAAGGAGCUUGGAAUCCCCAUUAUUUUUUUUCGUACCAGCAGUCCUUGUUGUUUCUGGGUUUAUCAUUCUAUCCCUGAUAUAAUCCAAGCUGGGGAGCUUCCUAUCAAUGGAAGUGAAGACAUGGACCGGUUAAUAACGACAGUGCCAGGCAUGGAAACUUAUCUUCGAUGUCGAGAUCUUCCUACUUUUUGUCGAAAACUGGACAUUGAAGAUUCAAGUAUGAAGCUAGUUGUAAAACAGACUCGAAAGAGCCUUCAAGCCGAUGCCUUGAUACUCAACAGCGCCGAAGAGCUCGAUGGGCCUAUACUAUCUCAAAUACGCACCAAAUGCCCUCGUGUCUAUGCCGUUGGACCCUUACAUGCUCAAUUAAACACUAGACUCAAUGCAAAACAUGGAGAAUCAUAUGAUCACUUCUCGAAUACACUUUGGGAAGUGGAUAAAAGCUGCAUCUUUUGGCUCAAUAAGCAACCGAAUCGAUCUGUUAUCUAUGUAAGUUUUGGUAGCAUUACGAGCACGUCAAGGGAGCAACUUGUAGAGCUUUGGUAUGGACUUCUUAACAGUAAAACGAAGUUCUUGCUUGUUGUAAGGCCGAAUUCCGUCAUUGGAAAAGAUGGUGAAGGGGAGGAUGUUGUAAUGGAGCUUAUGGAGAAGAGUAAGGAUCGAGGUUACAUUGUAAAUUGGGCACCACAAGAGGCAGUCUUGAACCACCCGGCCAUUGGCGGGUUCUUUACGCAUAAUGGAUGGAACUCGACUUUAGAGAGCAUUGUCGCAGGGGUGCCUAUGAUUUGCUGGCCUCAGUUUGCUGACCAACACGUGAAUAGUAGGGUUGUGAGUGAGGUGUGGAAAAUAGGGUUGGAUAUGAAGGAUGUAUGUGAUAGAAAGAUAGUGGAGAAAAUGGUAAAUGAUGUGAUGGUGGAUCGAAAGGAGGAGUUUGCAAAAUCCGCAUCUGAAAUGGCUAAGGUAACCAAUCAAUGUGUUAAUGUUGGUGGGUCUUCUUAUAGUAAUUUGGACAGUUUAAUUGAAGAUAUUAGAAUAAUGAGCUUGAAAACUCACAAAAAAUGAUAGCUUCUUAAUAACUCCCCUUCGAUAGUAGCAACAAUACAUCCCCCAGUAAACAGAAAAGAAUUGGAGAUGACUUUUUAUUUUUAUUUUUUUCUUAAAAAGUGGAUGCAUUAUAAGAUGGAUUUUUUUUUUCUACACUAUGAAGCGGUUAUAAUAAUUAUUUUUCUUGUUCCGCCCUACCCAUUAUAUAAAAUUACCAUUUUACCCUAUAUAUUUGUUGAUACAAUGUACAACAAAAGAGGAAGAUAAGGAGGAGAUCAAGAUGGUAUAAUGAAGGUCGAUUCAUCUAAAGAUUUCAAGAGCCGAAACAAGAACAAGAAGAUAGGCUGACCAAGAAGACAAUUGCUCAGAGUAACUCUAGGGUGCUAAAAGAAUAAUCUUUUUACAUCAUUCCUUGGAAUAUUUCCUCUUGUUCACUGGUAUGACAUGGCCAGAUAAACAUUCAAUCCCGCUAAAUGUGUAAAGGGUAUUUAUAGGCAUAUGUCAUGAGACCUUAUCAGUAUGAGAUUAUUGUCCUAAAUGGACUCCUUAUCAUAUAAAAAGUGUGUUCAUGCUAUGUUAAUACUUAAAA